CAAGCAUGAUACUGUGAUACGAAUCGCUCCAAAGUCGUCCGGCUCACUCUCCAGUUGACUUGGCUUUCCUUCCCGUGUCACCAUCUCGCUCGCUCCCUCGCCCAUCGACUUUUCCUCCCCGCCGGCACGUCGCCAGUCGCCUCCAAACAGCGCCGGUACGCUGAACACACGGCGCGGCGCGGCGCCAUGACCUGGAACAAGCGCCCGACCGUCGCCGCCGACGAUGCCCUCGAUACCGAUCAUGGCCGCCUACGCGAGCUCGGAUACAAGCAGGAGCUCAAGCGCCACCUCUCGGUGGUGUCCGACUUCUCCAUCUGCUUCACCGUCAUCUCGGUGCUGACGGGGGUCACCACGCUCUACAACACCGGCCUCGCCUUCGGCGGCCCCGCCACCAUGACGCUCGGCUGGUUCGUCGACGGGGCCUUCACCAUGGCCGUCGGACUCUCCAUGGCCGAGAUCUGCUCCGCCUUCCCCACCUCCGGCGGACUCUACUACUGGAGCGCGCGCCUCUCUGGCGACCGGUGGGCGCCAUUCGCCUCCUGGAUCACCGGAUGGUUCAACAUUGUAGGACAGUGGGCAGGCACGGCCAGUAUCGACUUCUCUCUAGCACAGCUGAUUCAAGUCAUCGUCCUGCUUAGCACAGGUGGUAACAAUGGUGGGGGGUACCUGGCAUCCAAAUAUGUUGUCUUCGCCUUCCAUGCCGUGAUUCUGCUGAGCCAUGCCAUCAUCAACAGCCUCUCUAUCACUUGGCUAUCUUUCUUUGGGCAGAUUGCUGCCCUUUGGAAUAUGCUAGGUGUCUUUGUCCUGAUGAUCGUUGUACCAGUUGUUGCUACCCAUUUUAACACCGAUAAUAGUGCUGGAAUUCACAGUCACCUCUAUAUUUUUGUACUGGGGCUCCUUAUGAGCCAAUACACACUGUCUGGAUAUGACGCGUCUGCGCAUAUGGUACAGAAAAGUCCUCAAGUAACUUGAAUCAUAUUAGGAAAUCUUACUAUUGGAACGCGACGAGGCUGCCUAGAGACUGCAUUUAGAUUCAAAGUCCUAAUACUUUGAUUCUAAAUUUGUUCAAGUGCUGAAAUACUGCCAAAGACGAAGAGCUGACGGAUAGUAAGAUUUCCUAAUAUGAUUCAAGUUACUUGAGGACUUUUCUGUACCAUAUGCGCAGACGCGUCAUAUCCAGACAGUGUGUAUUGGCUCAUAAGGAGCCCCAGUACAAAAAUAUAGAGGUGACUGUGAAUUCCAGCACUAUUAUCGGUGUUAAAAUGGGUGAACACGAACUUUGCACUAUUAUCGGUGUUUAUUCCUGCUUUGGCAGUAUUUCAGCACUUGAACAAUGCAAGAUUCACAUUCUUUCCAA